AUGAAUCCAAAGUCUGCUCUGCAUUGGCCUUUGAUCGUUGCCCUGGCGGCGUGUCUUCAGCUAGGCGUUAAUAGCGUGCCCAUAGAAGAGAAACCCGAGACGCGAUCGCUAUUUUUCCUGUUAGGAUCUUCGAAAGUUAAUGUCAACGUUGGAAACAAUGGGUCAUCAGAGUUGGCUCUUCGACAAGCACUUGAGGAUUACCCACCAAUUCAAGACCCAAUUUUCCUGGCUGAUGCGUUACAAAAUGCAGCUCAACUCCAGGAAGCUUUGAUACGUCAACAGUUUUUGCAAAGCUUUGUCCAGUCACUUUUGGCCAACAAUGCGCCCAACACUAUGGCAACAAUAUUACCAGAUGGUCCCAUAGACUUGGAUGGACAGACGGAUGAAACCGAUGAACUAGACUCCGAGGCCAUAGAUGAGAAUGAUGGCGAAUACGAUUACAUAGAUUUUAACAAGGGAUCACGCAUCAAAUACGAUUUGGAUAACAAUCGGCAACCAGUUGAUUAUUUUCGAAACCCCAACAAAAUUUUAAGGGUUCGACCAGCUCCACAGAUUGUCGGCGUCUUUAAUACACAGCAAACUGGUUAUCUAAUUCCAUCUUGA